AUGUUGUUGCGAGUCCACGUGAUCGCGUGGCUCGCCAUGGGACGGCUGGUCUGCUGGUCAGAAGCUGUCAAGGUAGACACGCUCUUCCAGCGCAUCUACGAAACAUGCAAGAACCCAGGGCCGCAGGAGAAGGUUGCCAGUCUGACACACUGCUCAGCCAAGUGCAACGCUGCCAAGCAGGAGUGCCUGGGGUUCUGCUACUCACGGUCGACCAAGCUCUGUGUGCUGCACAAACCAUAUUCCCUGUACAGCUCAAACCACAUCGAUGUAGUGAUGACAUACAUCUACCACUCCGGCGGCCUCCCUCACGCCAUCGCCUAUUCCAACUGUAGAGCCUGGGGCGGCUACCUCGCAGUGCCGGCCAACUGGAAUGAGGCGUACAAUAUUCGUUCUGUCUCGAACUGGGCUGAAAAUUUAUGGCUCGGGCUUGAUGCCAUCGAUCGCAACGGACAAGUGGUCACCUCCGGCCCUUAUUCGGACUACGGAGGCCAGUCAGUGAGGUACUUGGAUUGGAAGUCAGAGCAGCCUGACAAUUUGCAGCGCCAUGAACAAUGCUUGGAAAUUUGGGCUGGUUACUUCAACGAUGCAAGUUGUGAUCUUGCACGACCGUAUGUCUGCCAGUCUUGCGCACCGUACAGCCGUGUUUCCCUGCCUGAUUCAUCCUACCCUUCUGACUACAAGUGCUAUCGAAAAAUUCGAUAAUAAACGCGUUAGCAUCGAUUGUGAAUGUGCGGUAAUUUUGAAGUAAAUGUGCUGAACGCCUAAUCAAGAUU